AUGAAAGCAAAUAAUGAUCAACAUAAGAAACAUAUCGAUCAAUACUUUGCAACAAACACGAUUAAUCAUUUAAAAACUUUGGCUGGUUCAUUUUGUAAUGAUGCUGUAUUUUUUCUUAUUACAUUACCAGAUCAUAAUUUUGUUCUUGCACCAGUUUAUGCUUCGUGUGUAAUCAACGAAAAGAAAGAAGUAUCAUAUUCAGGUCCAACAUAUGUCACAAUUAGAUCUGGUAAACACGACUCAAGUACUGCUGAAACAAAUCAUCACAAUUUCUCAUUAUUAUUUGAUUCAAAAGAAUUUGAACCAGUGAUGAAAAUCAAUGGUCAAUGUAAACCAAUUGUUAUUAUAUGUGUUGAUGGUGGACCAGAUGAAAAUCCUCGUUAUGCAAAGACAUUAGUUGGUGGUGUUAAUUUAUUCAAGAAAUAUCAACUUGAUUGUUUAUUUGUGGUUUCCAAUUGUCCUGGUCGAUCAGCUUUUAAUAUGGUUGAACGUCGAAUGGCACCAUUGUCUAAUCAAUUAGCUGUGGACGAGCAACUGGAAAUAAGAAAUUUUAAAAGAGCUGGUGAAUGUUUAGUUGAAGUUUGGAAUGAACUUACAAUUGAUUAUUAUUCAGUUGCUUGUCGAUAUAUUGAACCUGUCGAUAAGAAAGAUUCAUCAUCUUUACUAAAUCCAAAUACACUUGAUGUUAACUGGUUGCAAAUUCAUGUUCGACAAUCACAAUAUUUGUUGCAAAUCAUCAAAUUUUCUUCAAAUGGAAUUUCUGUUGCUGAUUUAAGUGACAAAGAUGGUCAUUUCAUCGAUUUAUAUCAACGAUUACAACUGGAUAAUAUCCUUUCAACUGUCAACGUGCCAUAUGAUUACAAUUGUCCAUCAGUUUAA